CGGAAGUUGUUUUGAUUGCGGAAGUGUACAGACGCUGUAGGCGCAGCCUAUUGAAGAAAUCUUGUUUGGGACUCUAAUUUGAUCGUAUUUUGAUCUAGCUGUAUGUAGAUCUCUGGGAGCUUUGGUUUCCAGCUCGAUCGGUCUUGCAGGUUGAGCUGUCACGAUGGCGGACCACGCUGACGUAAGCUUUUCUCCAGAGGAGAGAGUCCGCGCCCUGACCAAGAAGGGAAGCUCAGUGGAGGUUAAUGAUGAUGUGCCCCCACGCCGCUAUUUCCGCUCUGGCAUGGAGAUGAUCCGCAUGGCCAGCAUCUACACAGAGGAGGGCAACAUCGAGCACGCCUUCGUCCUUUACAAUAAAUAUAUCACGCUCUUCAUAGAAAAACUUCCCAAACAUCGGGACUACAAGACGGCUAACAUUCCUGAGAAGAAGGACACACUAAAAAAACUGAAGGACGUUGCCUUUCCUCAAGCAGAGAUUCUGAAAAAAGCUCUUUUGAGGAGAUAUGAUCAGGAGUUUGCACAGUAUCUCAUCAAAAAGAAAGCGGAGGAGGAGGCCUUGGCGCUGGAGCAGUCCAGGCAGCGAGCGCUUGACGCAGAGCGGGAACGUGUCGCUGAGAUGCAGCGGCGGCAACGCGAACAGGAGCAGUUCAGUGCCUUUGAGGAGAUGAUCCGCCGCCAGGAACUGGAGAAGGAACGUCAGCGCGUCCUCAUGGAGUUCGCCACGCCCGUCACACCUUCCCCUGACACGCCUCUCAUUCCAGGCAUCCAGGGCCCCUCGCUGAUCUGCCCCACCACCCCGCAGAGCCCAGGGGACCUGUCAGGUGGCACCAACCACCAAUACAAUCGCCCUCCUGCAACCAUCGGCACACCUGCCACUGGCCCGCCCAGCUUCGACCGGUCACUCAAGCCGGGGUCUUUGGUCAGUCCAGGGAACAACAAUACAAUGGUGGAUGCCCUUCGGCAGUUGGCUGUGCCCGCUGAGCUGUGCCAGAGCUUUCUGAGGUUGGCUGAGGCCAACACAAGCCGAGCUGUAGAAACUUGUGGCAUCCUGUGUGGCAAACUGACCAGAAAUGCAUUUACUGUGACCCACGUCAUCGUCCCAAAGCAGUCCGGUGGGCCGGACUAUUGUGACACAGAAAAUGAGGAGGAACUCUUUCUCAUACAGGACCAGUAUGAUCUCAUCACCCUGGGCUGGAUACAUACUCACCCCACACAGACGGCCUUCCUGUCCAGCGUCGACCUGCACACACACUGCUCCUACCAGAUGAUGCUGCCGGAGGCCAUUGCCAUCGUCUGCUCACCAAAGUUCAACGAAAUCGGCUACUUCAGGUUGACAGAUCGGGGGACAGAGGAGAUCUCCACAUGCAAACAGAAAGGCUUUCACCCUCACAGCAAAGACCCUCCUCUGUUUACACACGCGGGACACGUCACCAUCACCGAUCAAACUGUAUCCAUGGUGGAUUUGCGGUGAUUUGCUUUUUUUCGGACACAGACUGUUUUAUCAGACAACGGACAUUUUAAUGGAGGAAACACUCAUUUUCAGAACGGUACUGAGCAAAAACCGGCCACGAGUUUACCAUUUAAAUUGUUUUCUUUCUUUCUUUAAGGAAAAUUCUGCAUAUUAUUGCACUUUCCAAGCAAAAUACAACUACUAUCCGCUUCAUGGACUGGCAAACCUCUGGCUUCUUCAACCCUUCUGUUUUUGUGAGCAUGUGUCCUAGCUCUUUGCCGUUCGACCUUUGUUCUUUUGACAUUAAUAUAAAAAUGUCUGUUUGUCAGUGGCAGUUAAGUGUUGGAAACCCAUCCUUUGUUUCGUAAGUGUGUCAUCAAAGUUUGGUUCUGCCUGACAGUUUAAGUGCCAAGGAUGAGAACUCGUUCUUGUUAAGUUGUGUGUUGUACGUCACUGUGGAGUGUGCAGCUGGUAAUCACGCUUUUGUUCUUCUGACUUGGUUUCCAUCGUAAGCUGUUGAAGUGCUAUUAGUGAUGAGAGAAAGGAAAGCCAGUGGUAACUCAGGUAUGCAGGCAGUGUUGCUGCUCUGUAUUAUAUUUUUAUAUACAAACACUAUGACUCCAUAGUAUCCUUUAUCUAUGAAGGGUUUUUUUUGGAGUUUAAUAUGUUCUUAUACUGUAUCCACCUUUUACAUGUUUGUGUUUUCUCAUUCUUUGUGAUUUUUGUGCAAAGGGUUUGUUAGUACCUGAACAAUGUGUUCACAUUUCAGAGGACAUAUGUGCAACAGGCAAUCUGAAUGUACCCUCUGCUACACAUUACAACACGUUACUAAUGACUGGCCAUGCUUCAUGCCUCUAACCAUUUUUUGUUUGCUAUCCUCUCUUGAAGUAAAUGAUCAGCCAUAAAUGUGAGAAAAUCUUCAAUGAAUUAAAUGCCAAGGUAAAAUAAACUCGUCAUAGAUGAAUUUGUUCUA